AUGGACCCUUUUCUUUACACACCAGAGAAGUCCUCACAGUACCACCCUUGGAGUACCCUCCAUUCGGACCCCCAUACACGACAACUCCAUCGUACUCCGCGUGGAGACGCCAACUCCGAUCUUCAACUCGAGAGGAUCAACGUCUAUUACAAUGAGGCUUCCGGCGGCCGGUACCUCCCUCGCGCCGUCCUCAUGGAUCUUGAACCCGGUACCAUGGACAGCAUCCGAUCCGGUCUGUACGGCCAGAUCUUCCGCCCUGACAACUUCGUCUUCGGCCAGUCCGGUGCCGGCAACAACUGGGCCAAAGGUCAUUACACCGAAGGUGCCGAGUUGAUCGAUUCCGUUCUUGAUGUUGUUCGCAAGGAGGCCGAGAUGUUAAAGGUAGCUGGCUUGCCUCUCACCACUGGGUCAGGACCUCAUGCAAGUUCAGAGUGCACUACAAGGAACCCAUUUGUGUCUACUGAGCAAAUGGAGGACAUGUCAAUCAUAUAUCCAGACGGAAUUAUUGAAGAUGUUCUAGUAAAGGUUGAUACACUUAUAUUUCCGGUUGAUUUUCUAGUUUUGGAUAUGGAAGAAGAUUCUGAUACAAAGCUAAUUUUGGGCCCCCCAUUCUGA